AACAUAGUGACAUAGCACAUAAAUUAUCUGUAAAAAAAAAUACUAUAAAAUAUAUUGUUUUCAUAAAAGUAAAAAUGGUUGGCACUUGUAUACAUAAAGAUAUUUCUGUUGUGAAAGUUGCUGUAAGAUGAGAGGCUGUUGCACGAACAUGACACUGCAGCCUUAAUGAAAGCAUUCUUCUAUUAUUAAUGAUAGCCUCUAGUGUAGAGCAAUAGAUACGAACAGCAGCUGCAACAAACCAGUUCACUUUUACCUUUCUUCUACCUGUAUUAUGUCCAAAUGUAGUUUGAAGAGUGGAACCCCUGAAGUUUUAAGAAAUAUGCCAAGCUACGACAGUGUUAAAGUGGCUGUACGGGUGAGGCCUUUUAGCAAGAGAGAAAAGGAUGCAAGCAGUAAAUGUGUCAUCUCUAUGAAAACCAAUUGCACCACUAUCUAUGACCCAAAGAAUGUCAGCAAUGAGAAGACAUUCAAGUUUGAUCUUGCAUAUUGGUCACACAAUGAAUAUUUGAAGAACACAGAAGGAACGCUUGUUCCAGAUGGCCCUGAUAGCAGAUAUGCAGAUCAGAAAACUGUGUUCCAAGACCUUGGUCAAGGAGUAUUAGAUAAUGCUUGGCAAGGUUAUAAUGCUACACUAUUAGCUUAUGGGCAGACUGGAUCGGGAAAGAGCUAUUCAAUGAUUGGAUAUGGCACUAACAGAGGUAUUAUCCCACUUGUAUGUGAAGAGCUCUUUCGAGCUAUUGAAACUAACCAGGAAGAAAACAAACAGUACCAGGUUACAUUCAGCAUGCUGGAAAUUUACAAUGAACAGGUAACUGAUUUGCUGUCUAAAACAAAGAAGUCUGGUGGACUAAAGGUUCGAGAAGACCAGCACCAAGGUUUCUAUGUUGAUGGGCUUAAGUUGGUCCCAUGUGAGAGCUAUGCACAGAUUGAAAGGUUAAUAGAACAAGGGAAAAAAAUAAGGACUACUGCAUCAACAAGCAUGAAUGCCAGCAGCAGCAGGUCCCACAUGGUAAUAACAAUCCAGUUUAAACAGGUAACAACCCCAUUAUUUCCUCACUUUGGCAUCAGAUCUCACAUUUUUAGUACAAAGGCUUUAUAUAUAUUACUUGAGGAAGAGAUUACAAAGCAAUCCAGUAUAAACUUAGUUGAUCUUGCUGGGAGUGAAAGACAAAAGGCAUCUGCUUCUGAGGGAGAUCGCCUUCGGGAAGGGACUUGCGUUAAUCUUAGUCUGACCACACUGGGUAAUGUCAUAAGUGCCCUAGCAGAAGCAGCAGUGGGAAAGAGAGUUUUACAUAUUCCAUAUCGAGACUCUGUUCUGACAAAACUUUUGCAGUCUGCAUUGGGGGGUAAUAGCAGGACUGUUAUGAUUGCAGCAAUCAGUCCAGCAGAUAUCUGCUAUGAGGAGACCUUAUCAACACUCAGAUAUGCUGAGAGGGCGAAGAAAAUAAAAAAUAAAGCCAUAAUUAAUGCUGGCCCCACCGAAAGACUCAUUAAAGAACUGAAAGCUGAAAAUAACAAGUUGCUCUCUAGGCUGGCAGGACUGGGAAAUUCAGGGAAAAGAGUUGAACAAGAAACAAAAGAGUUGCGCCGUCUCCUUGCAGAGAAUGAGCUCCGUAUCCAGACAAUGCAGAUUACAUGGGAGCAUCAAUUAAUGGAGGCACGAAAAGAAUGGGAACAGCAAUAUGCUGCAAUCACACAGGAAAGACGAAUGAUGCAGUUGUACCCUUACCUACUAAACAUCAAUGAAGACCCACAGCUCUCUGGAGUUCUCAAACACUUUAUUCAGGAAGGAGCCUCUGAUGUUGGCCAGGCACCUUCAAAUGUAAUAACCGUGAGAGGAUUAGGCAUUCUACCCAAACAUGCCACUUUUAUCAACACGGAGAGUAAAGUGUUCAUAAAACCCCACGGAAAAGCAAAGGUUGUUGUUAACGGAGUACCCAUUGUUCUCAACACCAAGCUUCAGCAUCUGGAUCGUAUUAUCCUAGGGUCAAACAGUGCAUACCUUUAUACUGGAUUUCCUGAUGAACGUGGCCCUGAGGACCUCAGCAGAUUUGAUUAUGAUUUCUUUCAAUCUGAACUGGCAGCAGCUGAAGGCUUCAGUGUAAACACAUUAGGUCCUGUACAUAAUAAAGAGGGUAAACCUGAUCCCAGUGUCCUCGCUGUGUUCCAUGACUUCAUAAAACUAAUGCCACUGGUAGCAGAAGCAAAUCAGAUGAGUGAGGAGCUUUCUAAGGAUCUUAAAUUUGAAUUAAAGGUGAAAAAUCUGGCAUUGACUGAUUCCAGGGGUUAUGAUCUGCAAAAAGAAAUAAUUGUGAAAGUAAUCAAGCAAAUUACUAACCAGGUGUGGAUCUGGUCAAAAUCAAAGUUCAUUAACAGAAAGUUCUUAAUGGAGGAGCUGUAUCAGCGUUACUUGGAUGGAGACAUCAGUUUGGACAGAGAAAGUGAUCCCUUCUGGGAUCCUGUUGAGGUUAUUCAUUUAGGAUCCGCCCAUAUCUGGCUUCAGUCAUUGGCUUAUUGUAUGACGUUGGAGGAACAGACAGAGCUUUUAAAUUCUGAAGGUGCUGAAGAAGCCGUUCUUGUGAUAAACAUUACCCCUUGCUCUAAUACUGAAAGACCAUUUGGAGAAGAAGAUAUUGUAAUUGACCCUACGGAGUUACUUGGGAAAAAAAUAGAAUUCCAGAUUCAUAUAUUGCAGUGUCUUGGAGUACGAUGGUUAAAAGAAGCCACAAAUCGGGGAAUUCAGAUUGGGUAUCGUUUUUAUGACGUUUGUCAGUGCUUUUACACAAAACCAGCAUGGAAAAAUGUCAACCCUGUCAUUGACCACAAGCUCCACUUUGUUGCUUUAAAUGUAUCUAAUGUACUUCUGAGCUAUUUACAAAAGCAUGCCUUGGUUGUAGAUUUGUGGGGCCUUCAAGAGGGAUGUUCUGAACUGGAUUGGACUUUACCAGGCACUACAUGCACAAGUGAUAAUCACAUUUUGAUUGAUGACAUGAAAACCUUAAUUUCACCUUCAUCUCUAGUUGAUUCAAAUAAUCAUAUUUCAGAACUUUACUUUAAGAUGAUGAAAUUAGAGCAAGAAACGCAGCUUCUGCGGGACAUAAACCGAGCUUUGAGGGAAGAGAAUAUUUUCCUGAAGGAGUCACUGAAAAAAUCUGGAGAUAAACCCACAAAUAUUGACAAACCUGAAAUGGUACCCUGCCAAGGAUGCUCUGCUAAAAGUAUAACGUGCCCAUUUGCCUCACAAGAACUUGGAAGACUCUCUGGCAUAAGGCCCAGUUACGAUGCCGACUUUGCAAAAGCUCUGAAGGUUUUCUAUCAAAGCAUGAGCACUAUCAGAGCACAUUUCCUGCGUCUGAAACACUACAAACCUCCAGAGGAAGAAAACAUCAAUAUGCUUCGACUUUUCACAGAGAAACAGUCACAAAUGUUUAAGGACUUCUGGCAACAACUUGAGAGCUGCAUUUGUAAGCUGAAAAAUGAUGUAGCAGCAAUUGUAAAGAAAAAGCGAGAGACCCUGGCUUACAGUAAAAGAUAAGUAGGAAAUAUAUUCAUCUCCCUGGUAAAGAGGCUGCAGCAUUAGGUUUCUAAAGAUUGUCUCUCUCUAAAAUGCCAGGAAAGGACCAGCUUGGACAGGAGGAGCCCAAACAUCAGCAUUGUACCAUUUCUUCAUGUAACUGGAAAAGUUUGUCUUUUUGCCUUGUAUAUUUCUGUCCCCUAGGAUAGAAUGCUUGUGCUUGCUUGCAUACAGCCAUCUCUCAUCAUUUGUGCAAAUGGUCACGCAAGGAUAGCAGUUAAACUAGGAACAAUUUAUAGUGGGAGCCUCAUGGAAAAUUUUUUCAUAACUAUCUUAUGAAAUGAAACCUGGUAAAUAUUAAAAAUUCUGUAUCCGUUCAGAAAUAAAGUUAUUAUUCAGGA